UCCGUGCUGUCUCUCGUCGAAUUCGGACGUUUUAAAAAUAAACGCGCUUCGGCACCAAACACCAAAAUCGUUGACCGCAAAUAAAACUGAACAGAAAAUAUACAAUACAAAAUUCGAAACCAAAUUCGAUCAAAUCAAGUAGAAGAAGCAGUUAAUUAAUUCCGAUCUAAAAACCGAAUCACACAACAAAAGUUGCAAUAUGUUCAGCUCGAUUACAGAUGCAUCGAAAUCCUCGUUGAAGAACAUUGGCGACAAGACCGCCAGUCUGUUCAGCAAGAAGAAGGAUGAGGCUGAGAAAUUGGCCAACGAUAAGGCUGUCGAGGCUCAGAAGCUAGCCGAGGAGCAGGCCAAGAAGGUUGGUCAGUCCGUGCAGCAGACGAAGAACGAGGCCGAGCAGUUGGCCACGAGCACAGCCAAGGAGGCUGCCGCUUUGGCCACGGCCGAGGCCCAGAAGGCUGGACAGGUGAUCGACCAGGGUGUGAAUCGCGCUGCUGGAGCUGUCAAUCAGACCAAGCAGGCUGUGGACAACACCGUUCAGCAGGCAAGUGCCGCCGCCCAGAACUCCAAGCAGGUGGCAGCCAACAUUGCCGAAGCUUCGCAGCGGGCAGCCGCGAAUGCCGUGGAUCAGACCAAGAAGGCAGCCAACGAUGCCAUCAACAAGAGCGUCAAGGCCGCUGAGAACGUGGCCGACCAGAAGUUGAAGCAGGCUGAAGGCGCCAUCGAUGGAGCGCUCAAGCAGACCAGCCAGGCGGUAGACCAGAAGCUGAACGAGGCUAAUCAGUACGUCGACCAGAAGCGGGGAGCCGCCGAGAAAAAUUUCCAAGAGGCUGCUAGCCACGCUCAGGAGAGCGCCGGCCAACAGGCUACCCAGCUGCUGGGAAAACUCAACCUGGCCCCGAAGUAGAACUGCCCAUCCCACAAUCGGCAGCCCAAAUAAUUUCGUGUGUAUGUAAUUAAACAGGAAAAUGCUUUAGAAACAAAAAGGAAUUUGCUUCAACGUAACAAGUGCCAGCAAUGUGAUUGCUAAAUCCUCAAUUGAAAUAUAGAUAUUUUUGGAUUAAUUUGUACAUGCAGCCACAGCUUUUGCUAUGAACAUUUCAGCACAUUUCUAUCUCUAUAUACAGAGUGUAAUUAA